AUGCUGCCCCCCCGUAUCAAGAUAUCAUCAACAAUGAUGCGUCUGCGUACUCAUCGCAAGGAAUGGGCCUUGCCGAAACAAGAAAGUAGUAUCGCUCCAUCGCAUGUGUGGAGCAACGCCGAUCAAGACCCAGUUCCCCCGGAGAAAUGGACCUGGACCGGUUGGACUUUUACACAGUACUGGCUAUCCGAUCUGGUCACUAUCUCAACAUGGUCCGCGGCUAGCUCAGCGUAUGCAUCCGGUCUGUCUGCCACAGACACGGUGACUUUGACUCUAGUCGCUGCACUAUGCAAUGCCAUCCCAACUGUCCUCAAUGGAGCCGUGGGAGCUGAUCUGCACAUUGCAUUUCCCGUCGCUAUUCGUGCCAGCUAUGGGACAUAUUUUGGAUAUUUUUGUGUAGCCUCGCGUGCAAUGCUGGCUCUGUUUUGGUUCGGUAUUCAGAGCUCGUAUGGAGGGCAAUGCGUGACUACAAUGAUUACAGCUAUAUGGCCCGGUUACACGGAUCUACCCAAUCAUCUACCCAAGUCAGCGGCUAUCACGACCCAGGGCAUGGUUUCCUAUGUUGUUUACCAUGUCAUCCAAACGCCAUUCCUCUUCAUUCCUACCCAUAAGCUCCAAUAUAUGUUCAUUUUUAAAUCCAUGCUCGUGCCACCAAUGGCCUUGGCUAUGGUUAUCUGGAUCUCUGUGAAAGCGGGGAGUGGCGACGCUAUAUUCAAGCAGCCACCCACCGUUCAUGGCUCGGAACGUGCAUGGUUGUGGCUCAUGAACAUGACCUCCAUCACAGGCGGUUUUUCAACAUUGGCGGUGAACAUCUCAGAUUUCUCCCGAUUUAGCAAGAAGCCUGGGAGCCCUGUAUGGCAACUACCAAUGAUCCCUCUGUUCAAAGUCAUCACCGGUCUAUUCGGCAUUAUAGCGGCCGGUGCAUCCAAAGAGCUUUACGGCACUAUCCUAUGGAGCCCGCUGAAGAUUAUUGCGCAAUGGCAAGGGUCUUCUGGCGGCAGAGCCGCGGCAUUCUUCUGUGGGACAUUAUGGUUACUCGCUCAAAUCUGCAACAAUCUCUCAGCGAACUCUAUAUCAUUUGCCAACGAUGUGGUUACUAUGUGCCCCAAAUGGAUCAACAUCAAGCGCGGGAUGAUCAUGUGCAUUCUUCUAGGCGGAUGGGCACUAUGUCCGUGGAUCAUCAUCAAGAGCGGGCAGACGUUUCUCAGCUUUAUGGCUGCAUACGCCAUAUUUAUGGCGCCUAUUGCUGGUAUCCUCUGCUGUGAUUACUGGGUAAUUAAGCGACGAAAAUAUGAUGUUCCAGCGUUGUUUGAUCCUAAAGGAAUAUAUUACUACAAGUUUGGAACAAAUUGGCGUGCUCUCCUCUGCAAUCUAGUAGUCAUCCUGCCCCUUCUCCCAGGACUGGCACAUAAUGUGACAUCGAAUACUGUCAGCAUCGACACGGGUCUGCAGCACCUAUAUGCGAUUAACUACCUUUAUGGGUUUAGUCUCUCCUUUACCUUCUACUUUGUGUUGAACUACGUCUGGCCUAAUCGAGCAACGCUGGUGCCUGCUAUAGUGCCAGGUAUUGUCUGCCCAUUAACUGCAGUGGAUUCGGAUUUGGAAGUGCAUAUAAGCCCAGGAAAUCUGACGCAAUCAUCUCCGACGCUGAAGACGUGA